AUGCCCGCGAUUGAUAUUAACGACACCGACAUUUACAUUGUUUGUAACGAUGAUAUUGAGCUUGUAAAAUUAAUUGUUUCUACUUUACGAGAAAAAGGCACAAGCAAAAUUCAUCUCCUGGUUUCUGAUAGUCAAGCUCAAGUAGGAAAAACCAUUAAUUCAUUUCAAUUCAUUUCUGGAAUUAUUCAAUCAUGCACGCAUUUGCUCACCUAUUCUUUAUUCGAAAAUAUUUUAAAUCAUUUUAAAUCAUUUAAGAGCAUUAAUGAAAGUUGUGAUAUUCUCAAUGAAACAAUAAAAAAGGGCACAUGGGAAGAAACUUCGGAUUUUGAACACGCUUUGACGAAUGCCGUUGUUGUCAUUAGUAUGCUUCAUCACGAAUUUGAGAAGCAAGAAAAACUUUUUGUCACUUGUCUAAAACAAGGUGUGGUCUUGUUUAUUACAUGGGAUUCGGGAAUGGAACUAGAUAAUUUAAUAAGAGAUAAAAGAUGUCCUCGUACUCGCCUACAUCAAAGACUUAUUGAUUAUCAAAGUUAUUCUCCUUACCCUUUUGCUGAUAAAAUGCAGUGGAUUUUAUUUCAAGUCGGAUUAUUUAGUGAUGAAAUUCUAAAAUAUGAUAUAUCCACUGUAACCACUGCUUUUAACAGUCCAAAUCAAUUCAUUUUUAUCAAUGUUUCCGUUAAAAUUGAUUUUGCUAAAAUAAUUGCUGAAUCAAUUGUUACUCCAAAAGUAAAACCGAAUUGUAAUUAUGUAGUCGGUGAAUUCGUUUCACAUACCUUUUUAGGUCACAUAUAUAAAGUUUUUAAUCAAGGAAUACCAUUUGAGAGAAGUAUGCCGGCUGAAAUAACUGAAUUUGAAACUACAAACCAAUUACGUAUAUCAGGAAUAAUAUCUGCUCGUCCUAUUCCAAAAAUUUUAUAUCCUGAAUGUGAUUCCUAUAUUCAUAAAAUAGGAAUUGAAAUAUCUUUUCAACAUGGUGCUACUAUUUAUAAAAUUUUAACUAAUCAUGAACAAGAAAUUUUGAAAUUAUAA